AUGAAGAGGGUUGAGCUUGAGGAGCUGAGGAAGACGGCUCCUAAAAAGGAAGAGAAAGCAUCUAGCAUUCUUGAACCAGAUAAAAAUAGGGAAGAAGAUGAAGAAGAGAUGAAGGCUGAUGAGAUCUCUACCAACUCAAUAUGGUAUCUAGAUACUGGAGCAAGCAAUCACAUGUGUGGGAACAAGAAUUUGUUUUAUGAACUCACCAAGGUAGAGGCCAAAUUUGUGUCUUUUGGAGAUGACUCUAAGGUGGUCGUGAAAGGGCGUGGAACAAUUCGGCAAAUUCAGAAUAAUGGACAAGUUGGAGAUAUUAAGGAUGUUUAUUAUGUUCCGGGGUUGAAGAGCAAUAUUUUAAGCAUGUGUCAGAUAAUUGAAAAAGUUGAAAGGAAGCCUAAAAGGUGUAGGAAAGAACUAGUAUGGAUGGCAGAUUACGAAGAAGGAAAGUUCCUAUCAAAUGAUGACGUAAAUGCAAUGUUUUUGGCUGGUGAUGACCCUGUAACUUUCGAAGAAACUGUUAAGAGUAAGAAGUAG